AUGCACGUGGCCCAAGCCUUGCUCGCGAUCACUGUCAUACUCCUCGCAAGCAGCGCAGUUCUCGUAGAUGCCAGGAAGCCUCAGGUUUCGACGGAGAUUUCGAUCAAUGGCCAGCCCUGGAAUUAUGUAGCUGGGCCCACCAAAGCAAGGGCGCUGAGAGCCACCAGCGUGAUAAAUACCGAUGAUUCUGCUUUGUCUACCAGCGAAGAACGCUCCUUCUUCUCCGAUCUCUUCAAAAAAAUCAAUGUGCGGUGGUGGCUCGAGACCGGAAAGUCGGAAAAAGACGUCAUGAAGGCGCUCAAGCUCGACACGCUCUCGGGAGCGGCUCUCACGUCCAACUACAAAUACUUCCAGAAGUUCGUGACUAAGGCGGAAUUCAACAGACUUAACAAGUGGCUGACGCGAGACGUCUCCACGUUCCAGGCCUGGAAGAACCUCGGCCUGCAUAAGCUCGACGAGAAUCAGCUCGUGAACGCUCCCGGCCUCGCGACUUACAAGCGCUACGUCAAGAUGUACGACGACGACGUGAUUCUGCAGCUCGGAGCGUACAAAGUGCCCUCCAUGACCAGCGUGGGCUCGCCAGCAGAGAUGGCGGUCAAGACGCGGCUUUGGGCACAGUCGAAACGGAGCGUCGACUACGUCAAGAAGGUCUUGAGCUUGGAAGGGCUGUCGGAUAGCGCGAUGAAGUCCCACGAGAACUACAAGUACUUCAAGCAGUUCCUGGAUGCUAGGAAGAGCGUCAACUAG